CCCUUCCUGGCGCCAGGGCGAUGGCGGCCGCGGGCGGCGCGGCGGUGGCGGUCCCGGAGCGGGGCCGCAGCGCGCAGACCUCGCAGCGGCUGCUGGCCUACAGCGACGCGCUGCUCUCCAUCAUCGCCACCGUCAUGAUUUUGCCUGUGGCUCACACAAAAAUACAUCCGGAUCAGAAACUAGGUGAAAGUGUUCAGCAACUUCUUCUAGCAAAAAUUGCAGUCUACUUGAUGACCUUCUUAAUAGUCACGGUGGCAUGGGCAGCUCAUGUAAGGUUGUUUCAGGUGAUAGAGUUUAUAGAUGAUGUCCUCGCUCUUCUAAAUCUGGCUUGUAUGAUGAUCAUAACUUUCUUGCCUUACACAUUUUCCUUAAUGGCCUCCUUUCCAGACGUACCUUUUGGCAUUUUUCUGUUCAGUGUCUGUGCUGUUGUCAUUGGCCUUAUACAGGCUGUGAUAGUAGCGUAUGGAUUCUAUCACCCACACUUGCUGAAUCAACGGAUACAGGUGUCUGAAAAUCAGAAUUUUUAUAAACGCCAUAUCUUAAAGAUUAUCCUAAGAGGACCAAUUUUAUGCUUUCUAGCAGCAAUAUUUUCUUUUUUCUUUAUUCCUUUGUCUUAUGUACUUCUUGGGCUCGUAAUCGUUUUUCCGCACCUCACUCGAUUCAUUACAUGGUGUAAAACCAAGAUUGUUGGUCACAGUGAUGAAGAGGAGGAGCACCAUAGCUUAGAAACUUUCACCUUUUACCUUAGUGAGCCUCUAAGUAAGGAACGGGUAGAAGCAUUCAGUGAUGGAGUCUAUGCUAUUGUAGCAACUCUGCUCAUUUUGGAUAUAUGUGAAGACAACGUCCCUGAUCCCAGAGAAGUUGAGGAGAAGUUCCAUGGCAGCCUUCUUGAAGCUUUAAGUGAAUAUGGGCCAAACUACCUUGCCUACUUUGGCUCAUUUGUAACAAUUGGUCUCCUGUGGUUUGUCCAUCACUCACUUUUCCUUUAUGUAACAAAAGCUACACGAUUAAUGGGAUUGCUUAACAUACUUUCAUUGGCUUUCAUUGGUGGGCUUCCACUAGCUUACCAGCUGACCAGUGAAUUUGCAGAGAGGUCUCACAAUGAAAUAGAAGCCAUUCAGGUCAGUUGUGUUAUCACUUUCUUUGCCAGUAUAUUUCAGUUUGCGAUAUGGACUACAGCCCUCCUCUAUGAAAGGGAGACUUUGCAUCCUUUUGCUAGAUACGGUGGAAAGGAGCAUGCCUUUAUGUUUGCCAAGCUGGCUCUCUAUCCAUGCGUAAGCCUUGGAGCCUUCUUUCUAACAUGCUUGUUAAGUGAAUUUAGUACAGCAAUUUUCCAUCUUAUGCAGAUUAUAAUCCCAUUUGCCUUUCUUGCCUUGCGCAUUCUUGUUAGAAUUUCUUUAACUAUCAUAAAGUAUGGUGUGUCUCUCUCCAGGCGGAAGGUCGUAUUGUUAGAAGAAGAGGAGGCAUGUUUGUCUCCUACUGAAACGUUGUCUUAAAUUUCCGUGCAGUGCAUGUGAAGUUAUAACGUUAACUUCAGUUCCUCUGAUUCACAUUAUCUUCAUGUGUGGAUUAUAUUGAUCUAAACCAAAGCCUAUGUUGGCCAUAACUAGGGCAUAUUUAAGUUUUAGCUGGUCGUGCUUGAUACCCUUCCUCCAAAACCUAUAACUGAAAAAAUUGAGUAAAUAGGGGAUACAAAGAAAAGCAUGUCCUCCUUCCUUUAGAGUUAUCCUUUUGGAAAAAAUACUGCUUUACAGGUUGCUGCAGUGAUGAUUGAUUAAGAAGUGCACAGACACCCAGCAAAAUGCCCUUUUUUUCUGACAUACAGCAGUUGUUAUGGCAACCAAACACAGGAAGAGAAGCAGCUGGUUGUGCUGCUUUAAGAGAGGGAGUGAGGCUUGGAAGACAUGGAGACCUCUGGGUUUCUGGAUAGGGCAUCAUGGUUUGUGCAUACAGGUUGCUGGUCUCCUCUUCCCCCUUUUUUAGUCACAAAUUUAAAAAGUCACAAACUUGUGAUAGCAUUUUGAAAACUACUUGUGUAUGAGUGGCUCCAAGCGUGAGCUUAGAUGAGAGUUGCAGUUGUGACCCUUACACAGUCUUCCGGGCUACCUGAACACAGUUCUUCAGGCAUAUCUGGCCUUUUAAAAAAGGAUGUAUUUAACAAAUGAGAAGUCAUGGGUCUAUCUGUCCAAGGUUUUAAGUAGUUUAAUAUUUCCCAGGCAUUCAAAGAGCUGUGGACUAAAGGUAAAUUUAUUUUUAGUUCUGAAGCAGCUCAGCUGCUCAUCUGAAAUGAAAGGUUUGGCUUUCUCAUGCUUUUCUUGUCUGUUUUCAUGCCUGUUGAAAGGAACAUCCUUAUGUCAUUCUGAAGGUGUGAUUUCAUAUUCAGAGUAUGAGACUCCCAUAAAACAUAUGAGAGUUCUCCAUCAGGUGAGGGAGUUGAGUUUUUCCCUAAGUAGAGGCUAACUAAGGAAUCUCACAAAUUUCUGAGUCAGCAAGACAGCAGAAGAAACUUAACGCUGUAGAAUUUCCAGUCUAUGGCAUGUUGAAUUUUUUUUUAACACUUGUGUGCAGUUUGAUAAGCUUUGUGCUUAUUAAACAUUACCCUGCAGCAGGCUGUACAGGAGGAGUGAGCAGUCAUCUAGCCUUCACGUUUCUUUUUGGCAGAGCCAUUAGUUUAGAUCUUAAACUAUCUUAGUGCCUGAUUAAUGCUAUAUUGAAAGGCAUUUGAGGGAUUUUCUUGUUGUUGGAAAAAAAUAUUAAAAUACUGUGGCAAAGUAUGCCUAACAUAAUUGCUAGUGAAGACAAAUUCAGAUACCUUGUUUCAGUUGAGAUCAGUUUCAGAAGCACUUGUGCUUUUGGUUUGAAGCACCUUGGUACCAAUAUGUAAUUGUUAAUAUUAUUUGCCUCUUGUGAGAGAGUAUGUUCAGAUAUUCAAGGGGAUUUAUACCUGGUUGAGGUUAAAUGACUUGCAGUAGGAUUCUGCACUUGUUGGGGAUUGCAGGAUUUUUCUGAUAUUUAAUAAAAGCACUUUUGUUUCUCUAUGGUUCCAUUUAUAUUGUGCAGCAGGCACAUAAUAUGCAUAUGUGUAUUUGUAAUAAAUUUCAACCUGUGAAAAGACAAAGCUUCUAGCCCUU